AUGCGGCCACGCCCAACUCCAACCUUUUCUACCACACCGACCUUCACAACCUCCAAACGUUCAGCGUGCAACCGUUGCAGAGCGCAGAAGCUACGCUGUCCGCCUAGGGAGAAGGGCGAACAAGCUUGCGAACGGUGUAUACGACUGGGCGCCCAGUGCGUAACAGGCUAUUCGAAUAUAUCUACAAAGGGCGGUGGUCAGGUAGCAAAGAAACAGAGCCAGGGAGGCACGACUUCCAACCGUCCUGCUCCCGCGAAGUUGGAUCUUGGGCAAAGUCUGGGGCCCGAGACAGUCCAGGUUCCAUUGACAAUAUCAUCUCCGUUUUUUCCAUCAACUACGAGUACCGAUAACGAUCCGGCGACUUGGUCUUGGGCUGGAAAUGGUCAAGCUCAUUUCUCGCCUGUCGGGCCCUCAGACACCUUGCCAUUCUCUUUCCCAGAUGGCAAUUUAGAUUUGUGGGCGAAUGCGCUGAGCUAUCUUGGUAGUGCCAAUUUUGGAGAGGGCGAGGGAAAUCUUUCUGGCGAUCUCGAAGAUAUGGGUGGGCUUUCGUUUCCAGAGGAGGAACAGUCAAGAAAUGCUUGUAAACCCUUCGAGGUUAAACAACCACCAUCACCAUCAAACACGUCACAUACACUUGAAACUGAUCAACGGCUCUCUACUCUUGGUUUAGACCUUUCAAUACGAUUACAGCAAUGCGUCGUGGCCAACAGUCGACCUUGGGAUUCCACAAAUGGGGAUAGUUCAUGUUCAUCUUCCCUUCAAAGACGUUCGUCGGCAGCUACGACUGAAGGAACGGAUGCCAUGGCUACGGAUCCAAACGAGAUUGGUUCAACAAACUGCAUCUCCUUUGGUCACGCUCUGCGCAAUACAUCGGAGUUCGUCGCCAUCAUUCAAUCUUACGGUGCCGGGCGCAGCACCCCUCAAAGUCCAAAUUCAAGCCCAUCCUUGGGUGUAAUUGCCACCCUUAAUGUUCUGUCCGUAUAUCUCCAGGUCAUUGCAAUCUACGACCAUCUUCUCGGACGGCUUCACGAACAAUUAUACAACUCAACCAGCCAAGCAGGAUUUAAUGCCGAAUCCUUCCCCGCAUUGCAGACACUUCCCGGGCUCCAAUUGGCCGGGUUAUCGGUAAUUGAAGGGAACUUGCAAACCAAGAUUUUGAUCCAAGCCAUUUUGCAUCAGCUCGAGACGAUCGAGAAUCUUCUCGGCCUUCCAGCCGAAUUUCGCGUGGCCGAUCGACAAGAUGUGCAUACCAAGGGAUUGUUGGAUGAUGAAAGAGCGAGAAUUUUGAUGAAAGCUGCGAUGACGGAAGGGCGAUAUGGGACCCAGGUCGCUAUGGAUGAUCCACAGGAAGGAAGCGAGCUGGGAGCAUUGGCCUCCUUGAAGAGGAAUAUCCAGAAUAUUAGACAAUUUCUGGCUGCCGGUACUCUCUAG